GAUUGUAAUUUAUUUGUUACUGUAAUCAUUUUGAUUUUCAUUUCAUUCCAGUAUGAAAUUAAUCUUUUUGUAACAAUUAUAAUCACAAUAUCUGUGACAGUGAUAAAUCAGUUUGCAAUUGCUAGGGCCUAUGAAUAAUAAUGACCUCGUCAUAACAGGGCAGAAUCUCAUUUUAUAUGACCAACUAUGGAGAAGAAGGAACGCAUGUUGGAAGUGCUGCGGCUCUUGACGACAGAGAUAUUGUCUACGGGCAGUACCGUGAGGCUGGUGUGCUGAUGUGGCGAGGAUACCCUUUGAGGAGCUUCAUGAAUCAGUGCUACGGAAACAGCGAUGAUCUCGGGCAUGGCCGUCAGAUGCCGGUCCAUUACGGCUCUAAGGAACUCAACUUCUUCACAAUUUCAUCACCCCUUGCAACUCAAAUGCCACAUGCCUCCGGUGCAGCUUAUGCCCUGAGGCGUGCUGGAGCAGACAUCUGUGUAGUAUGCUACUUUGGAGAAGGAGCCGCCAGCGAAGGGGAUGCUCAUGCAGCCUUUAAUUUUGCAGCUACUCUAGAUGCCCCAGUCAUCUUCUUCUGUCGUAACAAUGGUUAUGCUAUUUCAACACCAACAGCUGAACAAUAUAGAGGAGAUGGUAUUGCUUCGCGAGGUGAAGGCUAUGGAAUGACUACAGUACGUGUGGAUGGAAAUGAUAUAUUUGCUGUUUACAACACGGUUAAAGAGGCCAGGAAAAUUUGUUUGGAACAAAGUAAACCAGUUUUAAUAGAGGCUAUGACAUACAGGUUAGGUCAUCAUAGCACAAGUGAUGAUUCAUCAGCUUACAGGUCAGUGGAUGAGGUUAAUUACUGGGAUAAAGAGGAUCAUCCUAUUGGUAGACUCCGCUCCUUCAUGAUCAACAAAGGAUGGUGGGAUAUGGAUAAGGAAAAAAGCUGGAUGAAGGAAGCCAGAAGACAGGUAAUGGAGGGCUUUCAGGCUGCUGAGAAGUUAAAGAAGCCAUCACCAACACAGAUGUUUUUAGAUGUGUAUGAUGAGCCGCCAAAACGACUUCAAGAACAGCUUACAGAGAUGAAGAACCACGUAGAGCAAUACAAAGAGCAUUAUCCAGUAAAAACGUUUGAGAAAUUCCAUUAGGCCAAAAAAAAAAGAAAUAUUGUUCGUUGUCCAAAAAAAAAUAAAAUAAAAUGCCGAACCAUAAUUUCGUAAAACACAAUAAUUUUUUUUUUUUUGGCCUUGCGCGUUUGUUACUGUGAAUAGGUUUACGGGUAAACCCUUUAGUGAGAGCCUCGAAGCAUAUUGGUUCUAGUAAAUUUGAAACAAAUUUAGCCAUAAAAUAAAAGUAAAAUAGGUUGUGUAAAAUGAUGUGGUAAUGUGCCUUGAGAGUUUUGCACAGAGAGGGGGAAUGUUAGAAAACAAAUUGAGGAAAAGAAAAUGCCUUUAAAUUACUUAAAGGUGCUUAAAUAUAGGAAUACAACUUUAAUACAAAAUAAAAAUGUCUGUUCACAUUUAUUGAUUAAUUUAUCAAGAUUAUACAGAUCCCCAUAAAUGCAUUCAGCAGAUGCAGGCCAUCAUAACCACCAUCCUCUACAAAUAACCAAAAAGGCCUCCAAAAUUACAGAAACUAGUUCAAGUCAUCACAUUUAUGACAAUGUAAAUUUAUUGAGCUUCGAUAAGAGACUUUCAUGCUGGUUGGCUGGCUAGUUGACUAACAUUGUUUUGUUUGCAGUUGAACCUCAUUAAAUUUGGAUUUUUGUUUUAAAAUAUUUUAAUAUAUUUAUUUACAAUGAUGGAAUUCUUUAUUUCCAGUUGGUUCAUUUAGUUUCAAGCUAAUGUUCUAUCUUUGUUUUGAGAUUAAUUUAUUUAGGAUUGGAUUUUUCUAGAUUUAUUGUCAUUAUGUUGAUAUUAAAUUCACUUCACAGUAAGCCUAUAAUAUUCUAGCCUUAAGCUUGCCUAUUUAUUAUUCUGAAAUACAGGUCUCCCUCCAAUAAAAGACCACUCCAAGUAAAGACCCCUCUAAUUAAAGACCACUUUUCUGUUGUCCCAGACUAACAAAUUUCUUAUAUUUAUUAUUCUAAUUAGAGACCAAGGUUUCUAAAAACCAUAAAAACAAUGGUCCCAAAAGUGGUCUUUAAUUGGAGAGGGAGACCUGUACUUGUAUUAAACUUCAGAAAAAUAUUUGUAUUUCUUAGAGGGGUUGCUUUAUACUAAAAUUCAGUUAUUGCUUUAGGGAGUGGAUUGGUAGCUGAAUAUGAUGAUAAUACAGUAAUGCCAUUUAUGAUACUACACUACUUCAGUUUAAAAGUAAAAUAUACUGAAUUUAUUGAGCAGUAUUAAUUUUGUUUUUAAUUCAACAACCAACAGCGAUGAAACCGCCACUAAAAGAUUGAAUCAAAGUGUACAGUGACAUAUUUGACAUUCAUAGUUGGUUUAUUUCUAUGGCAAUUUCAAUAUUAAUAAACCCAGCUGACAAUUGUACCAUUCCAUUAUUAGGGAUAGUUUGUUGCGUGUUUAGUAAGUGUUACCCACGUCUCAAAGAUAAGCUAUAUAAGAUUUAUUUUGUGGGCAUCUCAUAGUUCCAUCCAGCAUUUAGGGAGUGAAUUUACAUGCAGAUGGAUGUGAAGGAAAUUAAGGUACUAGUAAUUAUGUGAAAUCUCAUGUUGCUUUCAAAUCCUCAAGACAUAAUUUCCACUGCAAGUUACAUUUAAAAGGCGACAUAUCAGAUUUUUGCUUGUGUGGAAAGCAUCAUUUGUUGUUAUUAAUUACGUUUACAAUGUACACUACAGCAUUUAUUUAAGUAUACAGUACUGUAAACAAAGGUCUGUUCACCCCAUGCCUCCCAAUUAUAGUGUCAAAGUAUAUUUUAUACAGAGCUGUAACCAUGUGUUUGUAAAAAGUAUAAUUAAAAAGUAUGCACAUAUAUUA